GUUCAUAUUUAGUAAAUCAAAAACCAGUCUUGACACUAACAUUGCACAAGUAUAUACUUAUAAAUUCCUCCAGAAAUAAUAUUAAAUGUAAUUGAUUUAAUAUCAAUAAAAUCAAAUAGUACGAUUCGACAUGACGCAACUUUCAGAAAAAGUACAAAGCCCUGUUCCUUCAAAUAACAGCGAAUUGACUCAACAAAAAAUCCAACAUUCGUCCCCAGUUGAGGAUAUCUACGAGGUGUUUAAUUGUGUCUACUGCCACUGCACCACGGCGUACCCGUUAAUGCAAUGUGCUGAGGGACACAUGAUUUGCGAAUAUGAAGGAACAACGUUCAAAACUUGUCCUGGAAGGUCGAAAACUGAGGACGAGGCUGGUCGUUGUGGAGCAGAGUUGAUCUCGGUAGGACUGCUGUGGUACAAAUACUUGACGCAUCAAGGAAUUUAUGCGUGUCCCGUCCCCAGUUGCACUGGACUUCUGCAGGGUCAGGAGGACCAAAAAAAUCACAUCCGCAAAAUGCAUCCUGAUGAGGCAAAGGACCUGGGAAUGGUGCUGGAUCAAGUACCGGAAAACAAAAAAAAUGAGGUCAAAUUACUGGAACUUCCUUCUGACUUAUCAUGUCCGUUGAGUCCAGUCUCGUCAAGGUCAUCAAGCUCUGCUUCAAGCACAAGCAGCGUGAUUACAGUAAUUCUGGAGCAUAAGGAGCCUCAUUUAUCUCCACCUGCAAAGGAUGGAAGCCUACCCAGUUGCAGCCUAAUUUCUCCAGGUUUAACGGUACCAGAAAAAGCUUUAUCUUCACUUCCAACGCUACCAAUGAGUACGGUUUCCAAAGACAAUUUACCAUCCAAGUCCAUCCAUCCAGACGAGGAAAUCGUGGAUGGAUUUCUACAGAGCAUUGCAAGUGACUGGCCACAAUUUCUAGCAUCACAAGACUUUGGAAAUGAAGACAUCCGAAACAGCAAUAAAAUUACAUCCAUUUCCACACCUCCACCACAAAAGUCCAAAGUUUGCUUUGGACCUUCAUUUUCACGAAAGUCACAAUUAUCCGAAGAGAACAAAUUGACUGAACAUGCAGCUGAAAACAGAUCCAAAGUUGAUUCGUCUGAUUUUACGUAUUCGUCACAGUAUUCAGAUAAUGAUGGUUGGCCACCUAUCGAAGCAUCCGUUGACAAUGACGAAGACGAAGUGGACGAAAUCACGGAUCACAGAGAAAUCCUAUUUCCUUGUUAUUCAAGACAAGCAACAUCGCCGUCGAGAUUUCAUGUCCCCAAAUCUGCGAAUGCCGUACCGUCCUGGUCCUCAUCUAAAUUUCACUGUCCUCGGAGCGCACUUGGCAUCAAUAGAUUUCCGUCCUUGUCACGAGAUCCACAAGGUGCGUCGUCUUCGCGUUCACAAGAGCCGCAACUAUGGAAGCGCCCAACAUUUCCAAAACUGAACCAACCGCUUUCCUUGGACGAGGAUGACAUGGCAUUGAACGUGGAGAAUAAGGAGGAGAUUGACGCAGACCUUGACGAGGACCCUGCGAACUGGCCGGAGAGGAUUCGCGGAAACCACAAAACCAUUUCAUACUCCGAAAUACAUCAGGAGCUUCUCAGAAUACGCAACCAGUACACGAAACCCACUGCACAAAAUCCCCAGAAAUAUUAUUACAGUGACAAUUAAAAUUUACGGUGAGGAUCCAUAUAAUUAUUGUCCUCAACUAAUUAUUCGAAUAAUUAAAAUGCAUUUUCAUUUUGCAUUUGCAUAGUCUUCAUGUAUUUCCAAGAUCAGAAUUUUUAACAGUGUUUUUUUUGCAUAUUAUUUAAGUCGCCAACUUUAUAAAUAUGUAUGCGUAAUACUUACGUACGUUAACUUGUUUUGAGUGUGAAUUAAUUACUAUGAACCAUGUACUUUUUAUUUUAUAAUUUUUAACAUGAGCCUUAUUUUUUACAUCAGUAUGAUUUAGUAAUUGACCGUUUAUAUUGAUCCCAAUGUUUUUACUACACGAAAUAAAUGAAUUAUUACAUAUUUCUGAAAAGAUU